CCAACCCAAACCUUCAGAAAGUACUUGAUGCCCUAAAAGCAGUUAAAACUAAGAACAAGAAAGCUCCAUUCACAAAUUUCGACCCCUCUGUCCUCCUGCCUUCAUGCACGGAUUACUGGGCCUACUUUGGUUCACUGACUCACCCUCCUCUUCAUGAGAGUGUCACCUGGAUCAUCUUUAAAGAGACCAUCAGUGUGAGCGCGGAACAGCUGGCGCAGUUCCGCAGUCUGCUAGCAAAUGCUGAAGGCGAUAAAGAAGUCUGCAUCAAGCAGAACAACCGACCACCCCAGCCUCUGAAGGGCAGGACAGUGAAAGCUUCAUUCUGACGGGCCCAAGAGGAAGCUCACCUUCCCUCAAGAAGCACAGCUCUACUUCUGACAUAAUCCAACAAAAACCAGCUUUAAGAAACACGUUUAUUUCAAUACUAGCUAGACAGCCUGCUUGCGAAUUUACUCUGCAGAACGCAAAAUCUUUUUCUUAUGUUGAACUCAGAUAGUAAUCUGUAAGUUCACUAAACUUGUGCUUAAACUCAAUCUAUUGCACUGACUUCCUUAUCAUUGCAAUUAAGGCAUACUUGAUUUCUUCAUGACUUUAUCCCUCCCCAUUUUAUUCAGUUUGAUUGGACCAAAAAUCAUUUUAUCCCUUCUUUCUUGUCUAUUACGUACUAUACUUUUAAAUGGCAUUAGGUUUCUACUCCAUUUACAUUCAAGAAUCUUAAAUGCGUUCAUUUGCAACAUUAUUCUGAUGUGAUAUCAGGUCUAUAUACCAAAUGUAAUGACCUAAGCGCAGCUUGAGAUGAAAUGUUAAGAAUUCAUUUGCUUACGCUUGAAGACAAAUAUGCAGCUAAGAUGACAACUGGAUUUUAUAUUAUGAUAAAAUAAAUGGCCCAACAUUGCUA